CAUAGUAAUAGAUACAAACUAUUUUUAAAACAAUAAUAUAUUGCAAUUGUAUCAGCCUAAGAGUUAAACAAUAAUUUAUAUUCUGAAAAACAAGAAUAUCAAAUAAAAAUGGAUUAUGAUUUAGAUGAGAUUAAUAAUAAUAAUAACAUUGGAAUAACUGCACUUUUAGAAGACACCGUAAGACAGAAAAAACUUGAACAGAUAACAUCAUUAAAAUUACAAGUUCCUAUGACAGUGAACCGUUUGUGUAUGUUAAGUACUUAUGUUCCUAACUUAAUAGAACUCGAUUUAACUGAUAGUUAUUUAUCAUCAUUCAGAGAUUUUGCAUUUAAAUUGAACAAUUUAAAAAUAUUAAGGGUGGCCUCCUGUAAUCUCAAAUCAUUGGAUGGAAUUUGGAACGUACCAAAUAUUGAAGAACUAUAUGCUCCAGACAAUGAUUUAAGUGACAUAUUGCUUUGCUCUGCUUUAUCAAAACUUGUUGUACUUGAUCUCACACGAAACAAGAUCAUCAAUUUGUUGAAAUUACACUUUUUGAACUUUUGCAAAGAAUUACACACCUUGACAUUGACAGGAUGUCCAGUUACAAAAAUCGAAAAUUUUGAAAAAAGAGUAUUUGAAAUAUUACCACACAUUAAAGAGCUCAAUGGAAAUCAAUUAACAGAACCGUUAAAAAUUGAAGAUCAUACAUCAGCUACAAUUGAUAUGGUUGUUUGUGGAAACAUUACAGCUGCAUUAAGAAGUAAAAAAAAGAAUAAUUUUUCAUAAAUGCUGUUCAUGCAUUAAAACAAUUUAAUAUUUUCCAUAUAAUUUUUAAUUAAUAUUCAAAAUCUAAUUUGUGUAAUUCAUUUAAUAUUUACUAAAAGCAAUAAUUAUAGUAGAAGCACUAAGUUUAUUUUUAUUAUUAGUUACUAUUUGCAAAUAAAGUGUUGACAACA